GGCUGUAAGCAUCACCAACUCCGAGUCUCCUUGCUUGUUCGCAGUUCCCCGAGACAAGGAUCUUUAUUUAGCUGUGAUUGACUUGAAAGCAGAAAUGGGAAAGGGAACGAGAUUUGAAGGCAAGGUCGCCAUUGUGACAGCUUCCACUCAGGGAAUCGGCUUCGCCAUAGCCCAGAGGCUUGGCUUGGAGGGUGCUUCUGUUGUCAUCUCUUCUCGAAAACAGCAAAAUGUUGAUGCGGCUGCAGAAAAACUCAGGGCCAAAGGAAUUGAAGUGUUGGCGGUUGUUUGCCAUGUUUCAAAUGCUCAACAAAGGAAGAGUUUGAUAGACAACACUGUGCAGAAGUAUGGAAAGAUAGACAUUGUUGUGUCCAAUGCUGCUGCAAAUCCUUCCGUUGAUACCAUUUUGGAAACAAAAGAAUCGGUCCUUGACAAGCUAUGGGAGAUAAAUGUCAAAGCCUCUAUACUUCUUCUCAAGGACGCAUCUCCUCACUUGCAAAAGGGUUCUUCUGUGGUUAUCAUUUCCUCAAUUACUGGUUAUAACCCGCCAGCUUCUUUGGCUAUGUAUGGAGUGACCAAAACAGCUCUUCUUGGACUUACCAAAGCCUUGGCCGCUGAGAUGGCCCCAAACAUUCGUGUAAACUGUGUUGCCCCUGGUUACGUGCCAACUAAUUUUGCAUCAUUUCUUGCAACCAAUGAUGCCAUGAGACAAGAGCUUGAAGGGAAGACAUUACUUGGAAGGCUUGGUACAACAGAAGACAUGGCUGCUGCUACUGCUUUUUUGGCAUCGGACGAUGCUGCUUACAUAACAGGAGAAACUAUAGUGGUUUCUGGGGGAAUGCCUUCGAGGUUGUAGCUUCCAUUUUCGUCUUCUCAGUUGUGGGCCGAGCCCAUUAAUCAUUAAACUGAACUAAA